UAAUACCGUUAUGUACGGAAAUCAUUAAAAGUCCGGAAUUUGAUACAUUAUCUUCAACUAAAUUAGAGGUCCUAUUAUUACGAGCUACUUUUUAUGUACUUUUGGGAGACUAUAGUGCUGCAAUUCAAGAUUUUGAAAACUUACUGAAUAAUGAAGAUGUGUCCGAUGAUUUGAGGAUAAAUGCCCUGAUAAAGAGAGCGGAAUUAUACAUGCGACUCAAAGAUUCAGAAAUGUCUUUUAAGGACUUCGAAUUGGCCAUUAGUAUAAAUUCAACAUGCAGUGACAUCUACUAUCAUAGAGGACGGGCACUUGUGUUUAUGGACAAAGAAAACGAAGCUAAGCUUGAGUUUGAAAAGGCCAUUAAAUACAAUCCAAACUUCAGCAACGCGUAUAUACAGAAAUAUUACUUGGAUUAUUCUAUUGCGAUAUCAAAUGAUAAUACGAGAUUAAUUAGAGCGGCUAUUAAAACUUUCGAGAAAACUUUUGUAAAAUAUCCAAAUCUUCCUGAACAUACAAUGUGUUGCAUAAUGUAUGCUGAGAUGAUGACCGAAAUUAAACAAUAUCAAAAGGCUGAUAGUUAUUUGAUUAAAGCAAUGGAGAAAAAUCCUAAGUGUGCAUCUGUUUAUGCAAACAGGAGCUUAUUAUACUUACGGAUUGAUAAUAUUGAUAAAGCUGUAGAAUAUAUAAACAAAGCGAUCGAGAUUGAUGAAAAGUUUGGACGGGCAUAUGGAACAUUAGGAACCUUUGAAGUAAAAAGAGGAAAUAUAGAGGAAGCAAUAAGGUUAUUUGACAAAAGUGUAAUAUACAGUAAAAUAUUCAAGGAACAGUUAGAAAUAUACAAUUUGAGAGAAGCAGCAAAAAUCGAACUUUAUAUAAAGAAUCAAUUAGGAAGUGUUCCUUGCUUAUUUCGGGAAUUCACUCGAUUCAUUGAUAUAAAAAUAGCAGUAGAACUCUUGGAUUAUUUAAUCAGUUAAGUUCUUAUAUUAAGACAUCAAUUUUGAACACGGUAUAUACAAAGGAUGUCCUAAAGAAUAAAGUAUUCAUUAUUGUACUACAUUAUUUCAUAUUAAAAGUUAAGUUUAUCA